GGGAACUCUUCACUAGCACCAGAUUUUCUUUUCAUUAAAUGCUGUAUGUUAGAUCAGUGGAAGUUUAAUGGAAAUCCCAUAAAUGCCCAAUUCUUCUCAAUCUGGAAUACUUUCCUAGAUGAAUCAUUCAUCCAUCCAUGUCCUUUAACCCUUCAUUGUUGAAUCUUAAUGUUAAUGUGUGUUUAUUCUUUAUUCAGAGUUGCAUUAACUCAGUAAACUGCACUUUGUUUCAAAUUUGGUUAAUUUUCUUUGUGAAAAGGGCACUCCAGUUUUUAUUUUGCCAUUAUUUUUACCUAAGUUUUAUCGACAAACGGCUAUAUGGUUUUAGGGGUCUCGUUGUAAUUUUUGCUUCAUUUCUGUUAAACAGGCUAUUAUUGAAAAGUCUUUAAAUUCAAGACAAUGGACCAAUACCGCGAUGGGCGAUACCGACAACCAGGGGUAGCGGACCGCACGCCACCAAUGCCCAACACUCUAUCUGUGCGUUCUUCAAUGCCUACUUAUUCACAAGGUGGCAGCAGACAGACCUGGAAUUCUUCAAACCAGUAUGAUUCUUCCAGCUAUAGCGAGGGCUACUACCCUAACCAGCAAUCAGCAAAGCCAGAAAGCCAAUGGCAGGAAGGGCCUAAGUCUGCUCGUCCUGUGGUGCCCCCUGAAGUGAAAGAACUGAUGAAAUCAUUAAAUCUUUCCCCCUCUGACCUUCAGAAGUUGAGCCAGCUACCAGAUAACCAGUUAUCUGUCGAUAAUCUUGCUCGUGCGAUUGGUAACUUGAAGCAGCAGAAGGAGAAUCCACACAAAGAACAACAACAAGCGGCUGCUGCCGGUAUGCGUUCUCGUCAGCCACAGACAUCUUAUAACCGCGAUUCUUCUUAUAACUCCCAGAGCAUUCUCGGUGCUGCCCCCGCUGGUUAUUCUGGCCGAUACUCUGACAGUAGCCCUAACCCUACUUUGCGCAACAAAGUAGGUGGUAUAAAAGUUACUGUGAAAUCAGUAGCUCCUUCCCCUAAACGUGACCAGCAGAUGAAUUACGGUGAUCGUUCUUAUAGAAAGGCAGACACUUAUUAUCCUGAUCAAUCUUACAACUCUAGUGCACCACAUAGUGGUGGUUAUGAUGAGAGCGGUUCUUACAUGAGGUCACGGGGAGGUCAGCAACAGACAAGACAGUAUGAGGAAGAGGAACAAUAUGGCCGACCAAGAAUGGAGCAACCUCAUUCUUCACCACAUGGUGGCCCUCAAGGGCGAGGUUUGUUAAAAAGACCCGACUCAUCGUAUGCUAACGAUUCUCCGGCACGAAAACAAUCGAGAUGGGAGAAGCCGAAAUCAAGCGGAUUGCUCGGGAACCCAAUGCAACCAAAUUCACUUGGACUUGAAACAUUGGCUGCAUCAGUGGGUCACAAUGCUUCACCAUACAAUGUCACUCAAGCUGCUCUUCUUAACCCAUUAGUUUUGGCCCAACAAGACCCUAGCAUGCUUGAAGCUCAAUUGAAAGCAAUCAAAGCAUUACAAGCUGGCAGUGUUGCCAUGAAUAGACAAGAACCUUCAUUUGAACAUAGAGAUCAUGAUAAUGAAAUGGAUAACAACAACAGAGGACGAAGACAAGAUGGAAAUAUAAUAUCUCAUGUUUUAAAAGAGGUAAACGAGAUGCGGAAGAUGCAAGGAAGAGUUCUCUACCUCCGAUAUAAAUCAAACAGGAUCAUGGAAUCCGAUCUUCGGCAGUUGGCGGAGGCGUUCGGGAAAGUUACGAACCUUUUGACAAUAAGAGCAAAGAUCCCUAAUGGAUAUCAUCAGGCAUUCAUGGAGAUGGACCAUUGGGAUUGCGCGGCUGCCAUGUUGGAAAGAUACAUGACAAAGUCUCCUCUUAUUAAAGGAUGUGUGGUUAUGGUUCAAAAGUCUAACUAUAAAGAUUUAAAACUUAGAUACGCUCAAAACAGGGGACCAACAAAAAGAAACCGAUCUCUCUCCGUUUCUCCAGUUCGAAAGGGUACAACGCAGCUUGGAGAUAAAAGAGGCCGCGAUGAUCGCGGUCGAGAUGCUCGUGAGGACCGACCUGCACGAAGUGCACGGGACACUCGGGAUGACCGCAGUAGAAAAUCAUUGGAAAAUUCGCGUUCAAAUAAUUCUGCAGAGAAGAGAGUUGCUCCAAGAAGUGAAGAAAAAAGAAGAUCAGAAAGAGAGAGGGACUCUGGGAGAAGAAGAACUCCUGAUAAGGAUAGAAGGAAGAGAGAGUCUCGAAGAUCAAAUGAGAGGAAGAGGACCACGGAUCGUAAACCAAAUGAAACAACAUCCGAUGCCAAUAAAUCAUCUGAUCCUAAAAAGUCCUCGGAGCAGAAGAAGUCUUCUGAUGCUGGAAAGUUGUCAGAGAAGAUUGUUGAAAAAGAAGAAAAAGAGGAGAUUAAGAUGAAAGAAGAAGAGAAGCAAGAUGGGGAGGCAGGGAAAGUCAAAGAUGAAAUUGAUCCCCUGGACACGAUCGCUGAUGAACUUGCUCUUCAUGAUGAGUUUGUUCUUAUGGACGAAGUUGGAUACGAGCCAUCCAAGAAGAAGAUCGAGAAGAGUGAUCUCUCCGAUCUUGAGGGAGGAGUCCUUGAUCUUGAGAACCUUAACGUGGAUGUUGCGGAAGAUAAAGUUGAUCCGGAGGUUGCAGAGGAUCAGGGAUCACAGGAUGCUGGGACUGAAGAGGAGGAACAAAAGGAUGAAUCCACAGAUGAUAAAGAAAAUCUGGCUCAGGAAGAUAAAGUGAAUGAAAAAAAAGAUGGAAAUGAAAAGAGAGACGAAGUAAAUGAUGAAGAAGAGAAAGAAGAAGUAAAUGAUGAGGAAGGUGCUGGAGAGGAGGAGAAGGUCCAGGAGCGAUUGGACGACAUGGAGCAGAAGAAAGAAGAAGAGUUGGAUUCUAAAGAUAGAGUGGAUGAACAAGAAAAUGAGAUUCAAGAAACUGGGAUGAAUGAUGGUGGGGAGGCACGGGAAGAUGAAAAAGAAGAUCUUCCGGUGGUUGGAGUAACACCAUCCAGGGAAGGGAGUCCAACAGAGGAUUUAAAAGAUGUGGAAGUUGGCAAAAUGGAGGAAGGGUCACAAAAGGAAGAGGAUGAUGUGGUUGAUGCUGUGACAGAAAACCUGAAAGAGAUAAAAGGGAUGGAAACUAAUUUAAGCACGACUGAUCAAGAUACCAACAACACAACUAAUAAUCAUAUCAUGAGUCAUGAUGAUCCUGAUGAUACGGCUCAUGACACAGACAAUCAUAUGAAUGAAACAUCACAAUCACAUGAUUCAGAUGAUAGGAAUGAGAAUCAUGAAAAUACUGAUGAUGUAACCAAGUUAAAAGAAGCCAUUUCUAUUACAUUAACUUACGUAGAGAGUGCACAAGAGCAUUUAACAGCUCUUACUAAAGUUACCAAAAACAAAGCAGCGCAAGCGGUAGCAAAAAAACUUCGUCUUUGUCUUGAAGAAGCUGCUUCUAGUUUAACUUGCGUGGCUGAUGACGUCAAAGGGGAGGAGUAACAUUUCCUACAACUAAGUUGUCAACUUGUCACUUUGUGUUGAUUCACUUGUCAGUGGAUUAUUCGUUCAAAAGUUCUGUAAAUAAAAUUUUCGCCUAAUAUUUUAA